ACGCUUCGUUUCUUCCUGUCGAGCCGGUGGAUUAGUCGCCCCUCUUCCAUACGCCGGGAAGUUCUUUUUUUUACCCAAUCACGGAGGCGAAGACCUUGUCGCCAUAGAGUCAAUUCGCUGCCCACAGCCUAGCGCCAUACGAACUUCGAAGUCCUGAACCGGCAUCUGAGAUACUUGUGCCAAGCUACGGACAGGAUUUCACAAGGUGGACGCCAAUACCACUCAGCAAUCCCUGUUCAUGCUCUGGGAGCCAAGGAAGCAGCGUUUAGGAUUCAUGUUCCAUCACUGAUAUCGCUCUGUCCUCUCUAUCCAAGACUGGACACAAGAAAAAACUAAUGACCGGUGCGGCCCCCGGUAGCCAAGCAGCAAGCCAGCCGGUCCCGAUAGAUGCCGAGAAAAACAUAGGGGAAGUUGACAUGCUGCUCGGCAAAUGGACCCGAGGUGGGACGACUUGGUACCCUGUGAAGUGGAAGGGCUUUCAUGACAAGGAUAGCACGUGGGAGAAGCGAAGAGACAUAUACGCUGAGCUAGUCGAUGAGUCGAGUUAUGAAUGGAACCACUUUGCGAUUAAACGAUUACUUGUGGAAUGGAAAGGUCCGGGCGGUGACAAUUCCUGGGAGAAGGAGGCGGGCAUAAGUUAUGUCGUGAAUGUACAUUUUAGGGUUUCCGUCCCAGACGUUUGGUCCUCAGGCAGAGCUGUUGGUUCCCGCCGUCCGUGCUCUUUGAUUAAAGCCGAGCCGUGCAUACACUGGGCUGCGAUGACGUUAGGUCACUGUUCGUUUUUUUCACCAGUGUUAAAUUCGAACCAUGUGUCAACAUGA